AUGAGAACGCGCUACCCGCCGACCAAUCAGAUAAUUCGUCUUAUAACAGCCGGCCAGUCAGAGAAUUCGCCUUAUACUGAGAGUUUGGCAGCCAAUGAGGAAAAUUGGCUAUCAACUACUUCCUGUUUGCGUGGUUUUACGCCAAUGGGAAAAUUCGUUUCAUGCAGCGAGGCUGCCACGUCACCACUAAGCGGGAACGAAGAAAGAAGCCGCCGUUUUCAUCAUCUUGAUCUUCAUCGUGGAUUGAACAGAUUCAACAUAAAUAUGCGAAUAACAUUUCUACUCUUGAUAUUAGCUACCAUAGCUGUUUAUGAAUCAGCAGCAUUGAGUUGCUUAUCUCAAAUUAUUCGAGGUGUUGGCAGAGGUGAUUGCCUAGAAAGUCAACAAAGUAAAACCGGAGGCAAAAAAUGUGGUCAACAAGGAAGCCAACAAAUAAGUCUAGUAGUUGGUCAACAAUGUAAUCAGCAAGGCGGCUCACAAGGUGGUCAACAAGGCGGCUCACGAGUUGGUCAACAUGGUGGUCAACAAGGCGGCUCACAAGGUGGUCAACAAGUUAGUCAACAUAGUGGCUCACAAGGUGUUCAACAAGGCGUCUCACAAGGUGGUCAACAAGUUGGUCAACAAGGCGUUUCACAAGGUGGUCAACAAGUUGGUCAACAGGGCGGCUCACAGGGUGGUCAACAAGUAGGUCAACAAGGCGGCUCACAAGGUGGUCAACAAGGCUGCUCGCAAGGUGGUCAACAGGGUGGCUCACAAGGUGGUCAACAAGGCGUUUCACAAGGUGGUCAACAGAGUGGCUCACAAGGUGGUCAACAAGGCGUCUCACAAGGUGGUCAACAAGUUAGUCAACAAGGUGGCUCACAAGGUGUUCAACAAGGCGUCUCACAAGGUGGUCAACAAGUUAGUCAACAAGGCGGCUCACAACGUGGUCAACAAGGCGUUUCACAAGGUGGUCCACAAGGUGGUCAACAAGUUAGUCAACAAGGUGGCUCACAAGGUGGUCAACAAGUUAGUCAACAAGUUGGUCAACAAGGCGGCUCACAAGGUGGUCAACAAGGCUGCUCGCAAGGCGCUCAACAGGGCGACUCACAGGGUGGUCAACAAGUAGGUCAACAAGGCGGCUCACAAGGUGGUCAACAAGGUUAUGAACAAGGCGGCACACAAGGUGGUCAACAAGGCGUCUCACAAGGUGGUCAACAAAGCAGCUCACAAGGUGGUCAACAAGGCGGCUCACAAGUUGGUCAACAUGGUGGUCAACAAGGUGGCUCACAAGGUGUUCAACAAGGCGUCUCACAACGUGGUCAACAAGGCGGCUCACAAGGUAGUCAACAAGUUAGUCAACAUGGUGGCUCACAAGGUGGCCAACAGGGUGGCUCACAAGGUGGUCAACAAGUUGGUCAACAAGGCGGCUCACAAGGUGGUCAACAAGGCUGCUCGCAAGGCGCUCAACAGGGCGGCUCACAGGUUGGUCAACAAGUAGGUCAACAAGGCGGCUCACAAGGUGGUCAACAAAGUGGUCAACAAGUUGGUCAACAAGGCGGCUUACAAGGUGGUCAACAAGGCUGCUCGCAAGGUGGUCAACAAGGCGUUUCACAAGGUGGUCAACAAGUUGGUCAACAGGGCGGCUCACAGGGUGGUCAACAAGUAGGUCAACAGGGUGGCUCACAAGGUGGUCAACAAGGCGUCUCACAAGGUGGUCAACAAGUUAGUCAACAAGGUGGCUCACAAGGUGUUCAACAAGGCGUCUCACAAGGUGGUCAACAAGUUAGUCAACAAGGCGGCUCACAAGGUGGUCAACAAGGCGUUUCACAAGGUGGUCCACAAGGUGGUCAACAAGGCGGUCAACAAGUUGUUCAACAAGGCGGCUCACAAGGUGGUCAACAAGGCGGCUCACAAGGUAGUCAACAAGUUAGUCAACAAGGUGGCUCACAAGGUGGUCAACAAGGCGUUUCACAAGGUGGUCAACAAGGCGGUCAACAAGUUGUUCAACAAGGUGGCUCACAAGGUGGUCAACAAGGCGGCUCACAAGGUAGUCAACAAGUUAGUCAACAAGGUGGCUCACAAGGUGGUCAACAAGUUAGUCAACAAGGCGGCUCACAAGCUGGUCAACAAGGCUGCUCGCAAGGCGCUCAACAGGGUGACUCACAGGGUGGUCAACAAGUUGGUCAACAGGGCGGCUCACAGGGUGGUCAACAAGUAGGUCAACAAGGCGGCUCACAAGGUGGUCAACAAGGCUGCUCGCAAGGUGGUCAACAAGGCGUUUCACAGGGUGGUCAACAGAGUGGCUCACAAGGUGGUCAACAAGGCGUCUCACAAGGUGGUCAACAAGUUAGUCAACAAGGCGGCUCACAAGCUGGUCAACAAGGCUGCUCGCAAGGCGCUCAACAGGGUGACUCACAGGGUGGUCAACAAGUUGGUCAACAGGGCGGCUCACAGGGUGGUCAACAAGUAGGUCAACAAGGCGGCUCACAAGGUGGUCAACAAGGCUGCUCGCAAGGUGGUCAACAAGGCGUUUCACAGGGUGGUCAACAGAGUGGCUCACAACGUGGUCAACAAGGCGUUUCACAAGGUGGUCCACAAGGUGGUCAACAAGUUAGUCAACAAGGUGGCUCACAAGGUGGUCAACAAGUUAGUCAACAAGUUGGUCAACAAGGCGGCUCACAAGGUGGUCAACAAGGUUAUGAACAAGGCGGCACACAAGGUGGUCAACAAGGCGUCUCACAAGGUGGUCAACAAAGCAGCUCACAAGGUGGUCAACAAGGCGGCUCACAAGGUAGUCAACAAGUUAGUCAACAUGGUGGCUCACAAGGUGGCCAACAGGGUGGCUCACAAGGUGGUCAACAAGUUGGUCAACAAGGCGGCUCACAAGGUGGUCAACAAGGCUGCUCGCAAGGCGCUCAACAGGGCGGCUCACAGGUUGGUCAACAAGUAGGUCAACAAGGCGGCUCACAAGGUGGUCAACAAAGUGGUCAACAAGGUGGUCAACAAGGCGUUUCCCAAGGUGGUCAACAAGUAGGUCAACAAGGCGGCUCACAAGGUGGUCAACAAAGUGGUCAACAAGGUGGUCAACAAGGUGGUCAACAAGGCGUUUCCCAAGGUGGUCAACAAGUUGGUCAACAAAGCGGUCAACAAGUUGUUCAACAAGGCGGCUCACAAGGUGGUCAACAAGUUAGUCAACAAGGUGGCUCACAAGGUGGUCAACACGGCGGCUUACAAAGUGGUCGACAAGGUGGCUCGCAAGACGGUCAACGGGGUGGCUCACAAGUUGGUCAACAAGGUGGUCAACAAGGCGGCUCACAAGGUGGUCAACAAGGCGUUUCACAAGGUGGUCCACAAGGUGGUCAACAAGUUGGUCAACAAGGCGGCUCACAAGGUGGUCAAAAAGUUGGUCAACAAGGCGGCUCACGAGGUCGUCAACAACCUAGACGGCAACAAAGUGGUAACACUAAAUGUAGCCUAAGUCUUGCCUCUCGUUACACUGGUCCUCUAUCCUCAGUAACGCUCACAGUUGGUUAA